UUUUCGUCGUUGUCGUCGUUUUGGUAAUUUAGAUUCUCAUUGAAUCAAUUCACUAGAUAAAAUAUGGGUGCUCUAUUGAGCGUCUGUGGAAUGGGCCAGUUGGCCUGUUGUGCUGCAUCGACAGCAUGUAGCUGUUUCAGUUGUAUAACACCGGCAAUUGGUGCAAGAAUUAUGUUAUCAUUCAUGUUAUUAUUGGUAACAAUAACUGGUUGGAUUAUGACACAACCAAAUGUAUCGGAUUGGCUUGAAUCAAAAGUACCGUUUUGUUGGACUAAAACACCAUUGGUUGGUGAUCAUUUGGAUACAUUGAAAGAUUUUUUCAUCAAUCGAGACGCUGCCAGUACUGUGGCACCGAAAAAUAAUAUCUGUGAAGAAGUUACCGGAUAUUUGGCCGUUUAUCGAUUAAUGUUUGCGACAUUUAUGUUUUUCAUCAUAUUCGGUUUAUUAAUGAUUCGUGUACGACGUUCAAGCGAUCCAAGAGUUGCAUUGCAUCGAGGAUUUUGGCCCAUCAAAUUUAUCAUUCUGAUUGCUGGAAUUGUUGGUGCAUUCUACAUUCCUGGUGAUAGUUCAUUUGGAACAGUUUGGAAAAAUUUCGGUUUCAUCGGGUCAUUUUUUUAUCUAUUGAUACAAGUCUGUUUUCUCAUAUUGUUUGCUGAUGAAGUAGCCGAUGAAUUAGUAUCACGUAUGGAAGAUUCUGAUAGUCGUGGACCAUUAUGUCUUUUGGUGUCGAUUAGUUUGGCUAAUUAUAUUCUAUCUGCUGUUGGCAUCAUAUUGUUCUAUGUUUAUUAUGGUGGCAGUGGUUGUAGUCUGCAUAAAUUUUUAAUCUCAAUCAAUAUGAUUAUGAUUGCCGGUCUAUCAUUGGUAUCAAUAUUGCCUGCUGUACAAGAAUAUAAUCCCAAAUCUGGUUUAUUACAAGCAUCAACAUUAUCACUAUAUUUAACGUAUCUAACAUGGUCUGCAUUGAAUUCAUCACCACAACAUGAAUGUAAACCAACAUUUUGGACAGCCAGCUCUGGUUCAAUGGAUGGCCAAUCAUUUAUUUCAUUAUUAAUUUGUUUUGUAUGUGUCAUUUAUUCAAGUAUACGUUUGACAACAAAAUCCGGUAUGGAACGUAUUACCGGUGUUUCAAAUGAUGAUAAUGAAGCUGAUGGCAGUGUAUCUUCAACCACACGAUUGACUACUGGUGAUUCAAGCAACUCUGCUGAAGAUCAAGAUAAUUAUUCCAAUUGGCCAGCAUUCUAUUGGAUAUUGGCAUUAGGUACACUUUACCUAAUGAUGACCAUUACCAAUUGGUUUACACCACAAGAAUCAUAUAAACAUUUUGGUGAAAGUAGUAGUUCAUUAUGGAUUAAAAUGAUAUCAUCAUGGUUUUCUGGACUCAUCUAUCUAUGGGCAUUGAUUGCACCGGUUUUAUUACACGAAUAUCGUGAUUUUUCAUAAAAACAACAACAAAAAC